UUUGAUUAUACUUCGAUGAUAAGCAUUAUAAAAGCCUCAAAAUCUUUGUUCCUUACCACCCAUAACUACUCCACUGCUUCUCUUCCUCCUUUCUCGACCACUAAUCGUCCAACGUCAACUACCAUGCACACUGCGUCAAUAAGCUCGGAGGCCAGCGUCAAAACGUACCAAGGCGCCACACAGGAGUUCAUUGUAGUUUCCGACAUCGCUUCUGGCGGAUACGGCGCUGUCCACAAAGUUCGAGGCUCUAAAGGAGGCGUCUUUGCUCUAAAACUUGAGAAGCGUGCUCCAAAGCGUGACCACUACAAGCUGCAGAUGGAGGUGCGGGUGUUGCAGGCAGCUGCCUUGGCAAAGCCGGAAGAGAGACAACACUUGCCCACGCUCAUUGACCAUAGUGAACCGCACAGUUCAACCAAGAGUAUGUUCAUUGUCAUGACGCUUUUGGGCAAGUCGCUGGGAGACAUAAAGCGAGCGUACAGAAAGAGGAUCUUCAGCCCUAACACUGCCUACUAUUGUGCCAUCCAGUCGAUUGAUGCGAUCAAAGAAAUGCACGAUCUUGGCUUUCUUCACCGCGACAUCAAACCGGCAAAUUUCGUGAUCGGAGCGCCAGGGACCAAAGACGCAAACACUGUUUACGUUGUCGAUUACGGGAUUGCACGGAAGAUUCUUGACGCGAAGGGGAGUAUGCUGACACCACGAAGAAAGAUAAAGUUCAAAGGCACCGUCCGCUUCGCCCCAGUGACCAUGCACAAGAUGGAGGAGCUUGGACGUAAAGACGACUGCGAGAGUUGGAUCUAUAUGGUUGUGGACAUGGUCAAUGAAAAUCGACUUCCGUGGCACAUGGUUACCGACGUGGACGAAGUUGAGCGAAUGAAGAGGAAGGCGAUUGCUGAGCCACGAACAUUGUUCAAGAGCUCCGAGGAGAGCGAGUUCUGUGAGGUGAUCACAUACUUGAAUGGACUGCACUAUGUGGACAAGAUAGACUACCAUUGGAUUCGCGAAAUGGUCAAGCGUGUGGCGAAACGACGGAAUUGCAAUUUGAGGGAGCCUUAUGAUUGGCAAAAGAAGAACACUCAUCAUAGCAGAACGAUGUCAAGAUAAAAAUCUUGUGUGUAUAUUGGAUCUUCUUUCUCUGAUUUUUUGUACGUAUUAAUUGUAUGUAUUUGCCCAUCCAUAAAUAUAAUGUUUGUAAUUUGUUUUUGAUUAAGACGAAUAUUUUUUUCCUUUUUCUAAUUUAAAAAUUGGGAGCAGACCUAGAAAAUUCCUUUUUCUUAUUUUUAAAUUUUUUUCGAAGAAACCCUUUCUCUCCGGGAUUGCCCAAGUUUUUGUUCAGUGGGACAUUUUCGUGGUUUUGUUCUUUAGGACAUUUUCGGAGAGGACAUUUUCGUGGUAGAACAUUUCGGGGCGCGCCGUCAUGGAGCCGACAAAAUAUAGUAUUGGCA